AUGGACCCAUUGGAAGGCCAGGAUAAUGUAGUAAUUAGGGUGUUAAAAUCUCUGCUCAGCCACAAAGCUCUUGAGAAGAGGCGUUCUUUGCUGGAGGUGUUCUUUGGUUUGGCAUCUCGGGCAAUCUUCUCCUUGUAUUUUGCAGAGCUGCGCUGCAUCCCCGGGCAAUUCACUUGCCGCAGUGGUUCAAUCCAGUGCAUCCCCUCCAAGUGGCAGUGCGAUGGGUGGCCCACCUGUGAGGAUGAAAGCGAUGAAGUUGGCUGCCCAAAUUAUACAGGGGACCAACGAAUUUAUCAUGGAAAGGAGAAUGUGGAUUCCAGGCACAGUCGUGGAAGAGGAGGGGACACAACUCGGUUCCAUACCAUCAACAUGGCACAGCCGGUUCGAUUUAGUAGGAAGUGCCCAUCAGGGUGGCACCACUACGAGGGUACUGCCAGUUGCUACAGGGUGUACUUAAACGGAGAGAAUUACUGGGAUGCUGUGCAAACAUGUCAGAAGGUGAAUGGUUCCCUGGCCACCUUUACCACCGACCAAGAGCUGAAAUUCAUCCUGCAGCAAGAGUGGGACUCUGAAGAGAAGGCCUUUGGGAGGAAAGAUCAACGCCGGUUCUGGGUUGGAUAUCAGUUUGUCAUCACCAACCGAAAUAAUUCUCUUGAAGGCCACUGGGAGGUCGCUUAUAAAGGCUCAUCGGAAGUAUUUUUGCCCCCUAACCCUACAUUUAGUACAUCUCUGUCUGAAAAUGAAAACAUCCUUUGUGCCCAGUUUCAGUGCUCCCAUUUCCCAAUUCUCCGGCACCAUGGUUUUCACAGCUGGUAUGCUGAAAACUGUUACGAAAAAUCAUCCUUCCUCUGCAAGAGAAGCCAGACCUGUGUGGAUAUUAAGGAUAAUAUUGUCGACGAAGGCUACAAUUUCACGCCUAAAGGGGAUGACCCCUGCUUAAGUUGCACAUGUCACAACGGUGAGCCAGAGAUGUGCGUGGCAGCACUGUGUGAGCGGCCCCAGGGCUGUCAGCAUUAUCUCAAGGACCCCAAGGAGUGCUGCAAAUUUACCUGUUCAGAUCCUGACGGCAACAGUUUAUUUGACUCCAUGGCCAGUGGGAUGCGUCUCAUCGUCAGUUGCGUCUCUUCUUUCCUCAUUUUGUCUCUCCUGCUCUUCAUGGUCCAUCGGCUGCGACAGAGACGCCGGGAGCGCAUCGAGUCCUUGAUUGGAGCAAACUUGCACCACUUUAACUUGGGGCGCAGGAUGCCUGGGUUUGAUUAUGGUCCAGAUGGCUUUGGAACGGGACUCACUCCUCUGCAUCUUUCUGAUGAUGGAGAAGGUGGAGCAUUUCACUUCCAUGACCCACCUCCACCCUACACAGCUUACAAAUACCCAGAUAUUCAACAUCCAGAUGACCCACCACCACCUUAUGAAGCUUCCAUCAACCCGGACAGCAUCCUUUGUUCUCCUCCAGGUAUUGUUGUCUGCUUUGAAUUCUUGCCCAACUCCAUCUUGUUGACAUUGACCUCAGUGUUUCCUACUCAGCAUUCA